ACUUUUUACGACAUCUCAAAACUAAAAAACUUGUAUUAUGAAUUUUUAUUAUAUAUAUUUGCAAAAGCGAAACAAAAAAAACUAGAAGAUCAUAUGAUACUGUUUUAAAGAUAAUAGAAUUAAAUCAAUUCAAACUAAAAAAGUUUUUUCAUUUUGUGCAAGGCACCCUCGCUUAAUAUUUGAAUAGUGUGGAAGAAAUAAUACUGUGUGUGUGUGAACUUAAUUAAAAAUUUCUUUUAGUUUUUUAUAAAGAAUUUAAUAAACGAAUUAAAAAAAUUUAUUUUAAAAGUGAAUGUAUUAAGUCGUAAAAUGACUGGAUUUAAAGCUAACGCCAGUGACAGUUUAAUAACUAAUAACAAUAAUGAAAACUUAAAUAGUACAAGAAAUACAUAUACUGCUCGAGAAAACUCUUCAGACAGUCCUUUUCAAAUGCAGGAGUAUUUGAGUAGAGACGAGACGCGGCGCACGAUAAUAAACGAAGAAAAUUACUCAUACGAAGUUAUAAAGGAUAUAGCAGACUACUUGCUUAACCGCACAGAAAUACGUCCCAAAAUUGGCAUUAUAUGUGGAAGUGGUUUGAAUUCAUUGGCAGAUGGUCUAUUAAAUACUCAAGCUUUUGAUUAUGAAGAUAUACCAAAUUUCCCGGUUUCAACAGUAGAAGGACAUGUUGGACGCCUGAUAUUUGGAUAUAUUGAAAACAUGCCUGUUAUAGCAAUGCAAGGCCGUUUUCAUUACUAUGAAGGAUAUCCAUUAGCAAAAUGCUCAAUGCCUAUCCGAGUAAUGAAACUUUUGGGUAUAAAAUUUCUUUUAGCAACUAAUGCUGCAGGUGGUUUAAAUCCAAAAUUUAAAGUUGGCGAUAUUAUGAUUGUUCGUGACCAUAUUAAUAUAAUGGGAUUUGCUGGAAACUCGCCUCUACAAGGUCCAAAUGAUCCAAGAUUCGGACCUCGUUUUCCACCAAUGACGAACGCGUAUAACGCAAAUCUAAUAAAUAAAGCAAAGCAAAUUUCUAAAGAGCUAGGUAUUGAAAAUAAUGUUCAUGAAGGAGUAUAUACAUGUUUAGGUGGACCCAAUUACGAAACUGUAGCUGAACUGAAAAUGCUACAUAUUAUGGGUGUGGAUGCUGUAGGCAUGUCUACAGUACAUGAAGUUAUCACCGCGAGGCAUUGUGAUUUGACUGUGUUUGCUUUUAGUUUAAUAACCAAUAAAUGCGCUUUAGAAUAUGACUGUGAUGAAGACGAUGCUAAUCAUGAAGAAGUUGUAAUGGUAGGAAAAUCUCGACAAAGUAUAUGUGCAGAGCUUAUGCGUGGAAUAAUUCGUGAAAUCUUUUCACAAAGUGAAUGUAAAAACGAUAAAUAAUAAUUUCAAAAUGUAUUCAUUAUAUGAGUGUAUAAUAUUAUCUAAAACUUUAAUUGCCUUGUGUUACGUUUUUCUUUUAGGUAUUUGAUGUCUUAAGAUAGAGUUUUUUACAAAGAGAAUGCUAGUUAUUCCUAUAUGCAAUUAAUGUUCACUAC